GCGGGAGCUCAUUGAAGCCGCCAACGAAUGGAGGACAAGAAAGACCUCUGCCAAGAAGGGUGAUAGACAUCACCAUGGGCAGAGGAAGCAAAAAGACAGCGAGGAUAGCGCCCAGUUGACCAAGGGCAAGAAUGGCAUGGACGGCAAAGGCAAGAACAAGCCGCAGGGGGGCGACAGCAAGGGCAAAAAAGGCAAAGGCCAUGAUGCCACAGGCCCGGAGACCAAGGGCAAGAAUGGGAACCAGCAGCCAGCGAAGUCCCGCGGGCGGAACGCGCGCGGGAGGAACUGGUGGGGAUAG